GGUUAGAAUUUUGGAGUCAUUCAUGGAUUCUUUGAUUUAACCAUGGUAUUGAUCAACUGGAUCAAUCGUAGCUGAAGUUUGAAAUAUCCCUUUUUAUAUUCGAGUGAACGCUUCAAUGGCUUCCACUAAAGAAUGUGACAACGCUACCGAUACUCCUUCGCCGAAAAACGUGUACAAGGAUCCAGAUGAUGGGCGGCAACGAUUCUUACUCGAAUUGGAGUUCGUUCAGUGCCUUGCUAAUCCUACUUACAUCCACUAUUUGGCUCAAAAUCGAUAUUUCGAUGACGAGGCCUUUAUCGGAUACUUGAAAUAUCUUCAAUAUUGGCAACGACCAGAGUACAUAAAAUUUAUCAUGUAUCCCCAUUGUCUGUAUUUCCUUGAACUUCUUCAAAAUGAGAAUUUCCGAAAUGCAAUGGCACAUCCUGCCAACAAGGAAGUGGCACAUGGACAGCAAUUCUUCUUUUGGAAGAACUAUAGGAACAACCGGUUGAAGUUCAUUUUGCCUAAGCCUCCUCCUGAAGAAGUUCCUACAUCUGCACCCCCGCCUCUUGCUUCUGCUCCACCUCGGCCACCCUUGUCAGCUAGCAAUAUUGCUAUCACAACUGCUCCUCCAGCUCCUGCUUCAGCACCUUCUCCAAUGCCUUACGGCCUGUCCUCUGGAUCUGCUCUUGUGAAAAAUGAUAUGAGGAAUAGUGGAAUUGAUCGAAGAAAAAGGAAGCGUGUAAGUUUGUACCCUCUAAAUUAUCAACUUAACAUUAGUUAGGCGGUUGAUUACUUAUAAAAUAAAUUAUAUUGCUACCCUUUCGUGUAGGAUUUUAAAGACCCCUC